UAAGCAAAGUCGCAGACACAUUUAUAAUGUAAACAAAGCGUUGUCAUGGGAACGAAGUGCGACGCUACCCCUCCGAUCAUUUUACUGCGUGGAUACCGGCUGUCCGCGUCAGUUGUCGUUAAUAUUCACCAAGCACUGAUCCGGGACCCGAAGACACCAAAAAACAACGACACGGCAGAACGGGUGCUUCAUUACGUGCAAGCGGAAUCGUAUUUUCUUCAUGAAAAGUUUGGACGAGAUUGAACAAUGAGUGGCGAUGUGGUGGCGAACCACUACGCAGGCCGACCCCAGACAUCUUCGGGACCCCGAGAGCUUGAGGGCCCUACAUCGACAGGGACCCGUGGACUGCCCGUACAUGGUGAAUUUGAACCAUUGGAAACAAACAAUUGGCUGCUGCACCUCAAAUACGUGCGGGGCGAACACGAGACGUGCAAACGGCUGGCUCACACGGAGCUGGCUAAAUCCCAGGGCCACAACGAGUAUGCCAACUACGUCAUGGGUCUUAUCCUUCGCAUCGAGGGACGGAUCCAGGAGUCCCUCGAUUUUUUCAACAAGUGCCGUCAGCUUGACCCGAGCAACGUUGACAACGUGAAACAAGUGGCGCGCUCGCACUUUCUUCUCGGGCGUCCAGAACAAGCUCUAGCGGAGUACGGCUCGGCGCUGAAGCUCGGGCCGCCGGACUGGAGCCUCCUGCACGGCCUGGGGCUCUGCUACGUCCAGCUGGGGCGCCUCGAGGAGGCGGCCGAGGCGCUCACCCGAGCCGUUGAGCUGGGGCGCACCGAGGAGUCGCACAGGGCGCUGGCGCGGCUCCACGCCCGCUCCGAGCCGGGGCGGGCGAUCGCCGCCUACCGCACCGCCUGCGCCCUCUUCCCGUCGAACCCGGAGACGGCCGUCGAGCUCGGGCAGCUCCACUUCGAGAUGGCCGAUACACAGCAGGCCUUCGACGCCUGGGGCACCGCCCUCUGCCACGACCCCGCCCACCCCGCCACGCUCCUCGCCCUCGGCGCGGAGUUCCAGCGCAACGACGAGCCUGAGGUAGCGUUGACAAAGUACAAACUGUGCGCUCAAAGACUACCUGAGUCCUCGUUUCUCUGGAACAACAUCGGCAUGUGCUUCUUCGCCAAAAAGAAGUUUGUGGCAGCAAUAAGCUGCUUGAAGCGGGCUAUUUAUCUGGCACCACUCGACUGGAAAGCACUCUACAAUUUAGGUCUGGUGCACAUGCACACCCAUCAGUUCGUAUCGGCCUUCCACUUCGCGUCGGCCUCGAUGAAGCGGAACCCUCUGCACGUGCCCACGCUGCUCCUGCUGGCACUGGCGCUCCACAGUCUGGCCGACGACACGAGCGCCCGGAGAGCCUUCGAGCAGGCGCUCCGCCUCCGCGGCGACAGCGACGCCCCCGAGCUCCGCGCCAACUUCGCCGUCUUCCUCAAGCGGAUCGGCCAAGAGGAGGCGGCCCGCGCCCAGGCCGAGCUGGCCAUGGUCGCCGCCGCCCGCGACCCCCAGCUGGAGCAACUCCUCCGCGCCGCCUUCGAUGCCCAGCCCGAACGCCCCGAGGACAUCUCUGAGAUACGGGCAGAGGAGGACGAAGUGUAGACGUUCGCUAGAGAACCGCAGUGGAGGCAGGGAAGGAGUUGCCUCGCAGUACCAUAACCACCUACGAAAUCCUGCAGCCUGCGGGCCGAUUAUUGAAAUUUAGUGUUUGUCA